UUUCGCCCGCCCAAGUACCGGCAUUCUCGUUGCAUCAGCUGUCACUCAGACCGCCAAUUCAAACCGGAUAACCUUUGAAAAAUCACAAACUCCAGUUUUUCGACCCGAGACGACGUUCAGAACGAUGUAUGAGCCGGAAUACGCCGAUUUGCCUGCGUUUUUCGCUUUAGUAGAACCAGGAGUACCGGCGGGACAUCCCUCCUUCCAGCUCAUCACUAUGACCGGGAGCCCGGAAUGCCGCUAUACCGAGUGAAUGAUCGAGCAAUCUAACCUCACUCCAAAACAUAUCACGCCGAUUGUCGAAGGGAAAAGGCUCAAAGUAAUCAAUAACCCUGUGGACAUAUUUGGAAGCUUAUCUGUACGCACGUCUGUCACGCUUCUUGGGUGAAAAUUAUCGCGUGCGCAGCCGUAGGCUCGCGUUCUCUCUCACACAGAGAAAGAGACAGAGAGACUGUACGGGAAACUGCUUUACCGGCCGCUAAAUCGGUCUGGAUUUUGGCGCGUGUGAAAUGCACAAGAGGAGCUCGAUCGUGUCGCCGUUGCUCAGUGGUGUUUUCUGCCAGUGCCGCCCAGAGGAGUAUCAGGGCUCGGACCCCGGGGGUGGCCGGACUCAGGGCUCCACGCUGGCCGCUGUAUCGGUCUCCGAGCACGGCCAUGAUGAGUCCUGCGACUCCCCGCAUCAGUGCCCGGUCUGCGGCGGACCAGAGCAGGAGCAUCGGCUGAAGGUGCUCUUCCAGAUCCUGGAUGUAAACAGGGAUGGAGGCAUCUGCGUCAACGACCUGACCAUCGGACUGAAGAAACUGGGCGUCCACCGCACUGAACAUGAACUUAUGAAAGUCGUCAAGGCUGGAGACAAAGACCUGGAUGGGCAGUUGGACUUUGAGGAGUUUGUCCACUACCUGAGGGACCAUGAGAAGAAGCUCCGGCUGGUUUUCAAGAGUCUUGACAAAAAGAACGAUGGUCACAUCGAUUCGCAGGAGAUCAUGCAGUCACUACGAGACCUUGGGGUUCAUAUAUCUGAGGAACAGGCUGAGAAGAUCCUCAAGAGAAUAAGGAGGGGUCAUAUUUGUGCCCCUAUAAUGUAUAUGGAUAAAAAUGGAACAAUGACGAUUGACUGGAACGAGUGGAGAGAUUAUCACCUCCUUCACCCUGCCGAAAACAUUCCCGAAAUCAUCCUCUACUGGAAACACUCUACGAUAUUUGACGUGGGGGAAAGUAUGUUGGUACCGGAUGAGUUUACGGCAGAGGAGAAGAACACAGGGAUGUGGUGGCGACACCUGGUAGCAGGAGGUGGAGCAGGCGCUGUGUCCCGUACCUGUACUGCACCACUGGACCGCCUCAAAGUUCUCAUGCAGGUUCACGCAACGCGCAGUAACAGCAUGGGCAUCGCUGGAGGAUUCGCCCAAAUGAUCCGUGAGGGUGGACUGCGCUCACUGUGGAGAGGGAAUGGUAUCAAUGUUUUGAAGAUUGCACCUGAAUCUGCUAUCAAGUUCAUGGCAUAUGAGCAGAUUAAGCGGUUGAUUGGCAGUAAUCAGGAGACGCUGGGGAUCCUGGAGAGACUGGUUUCUGGUUCUCUAGCAGGAGCAAUUGCGCAAAGCAGCAUUUACCCAAUGGAGGUUUUAAAGACUCGUCUUGCUCUGGGAAGGACGGGUCAGUACUCGGGAAUCGCAGACUGUGCUAAACAUAUAUUUAAGAAGGAGGGCAUGACCGCUUUCUAUAAGGGUUACAUUCCCAAUAUGCUGGGUAUCAUCCCUUAUGCUGGAAUAGACCUGGCUGUUUAUGAGACACUGAAGAACUCCUGGCUGCAGAGGUUUGCCACAGACAGCGCUGAUCCGGGUGUGUUUGUGCUGCUAGCUUGUGGUACAAUGUCCAGCACAUGUGGACAAUUAGCGAGCUACCCAUUAGCCUUAGUGAGGACACGCAUGCAGGCGCAAGCUUCUCAGGAAGGAAGUCCUCAGAUGACCAUGUCAGGACUCUUCAGACACAUUGUACGGACAGAGGGCGCUUUUGGACUCUAUAGAGGCUUGGCACCCAACUUUAUGAAGGUCAUCCCUGCUGUUAGCAUCAGCUACGUGGUCUAUGAGAACUUAAAGAUCACCCUUGGCGUUCAGUCCCGGUGAGAGAAACCCGAGCAAUGUUAAAUCCUGUUUUCUUUUUAUUACUGAAAGGGAUCAUUCGACAGUUUGCACUCAAGGAGAAAAGGAGCAUCAGUUGGCUAAGAAACAGCAUGCAUGAUGGGAAGACCAUAACUUUUUUUUUUUCCUCAAAGUUUUAAGCUCGAGGUUUGUUUUUGAUCCCUGAAUGGAAGAAUAACUGGAAUAUAUGAGAAAGCACUGAGAUAUAAUGAUCCAUACCUGCUUAAAACACAAUCCUAGCUGAAAGUAAAAUGUGAGCAUCUCUAUAUGACGUGUGUUUUGAAUCCCGACACCCCCUCAAUCCAACUCUGACGUCAUUUUAAAGGAACGCUCCAAUUCUUUUGGAAGUAGGCUCAUUUUAUCAAUCAUCUAGAGUUAAACUGUUGAGCACUGUUAGCUUAGCUUAGCAUAAAUCAUUGAAUCUGAUUAGACCAUUAGCCAUUCAUUGUAAAUUGAGCAUAUUUUCCAAAGAAAAGUGGAGUUUUUCCUUUAAGGAUAUGGUGUUGUGUUUGCUGUAGGGACCACAAGAUUGUAUUAAGUGUGUUUUAUGGGAAGGAGGAGUCACACACAUGAGCAAGAGCAAGAGUUACGGAAUCAUUUAGUACAUGCAACAACAACAAAAACAAAACAACUGCAUUCUUCAGUUCAUUAUUUAAAAAAACAACUGGAACUGGAUGAGCUAGAAGCUUUGUUAGAUGUGAUGCUAAUAAUCCUGGUGGAGCUCCGGCGUUCUCAUUCCACUGGAUGGCAGUGUUCAGUAAUGAAGUCUGGCACUUUCUUUUAAAAUCAACUAUAUACUUACAUUUCGCUCACAAAACUUACUGCUUUUAUGUUAUUCAACUUAUUUGUUUGUGUUAUUAGGCUAAAUUCACAGUUUUCAUGUUUUCAACGUUACAGAGAGCAACAAGGGGAACGUUUUCUUACUCAUCAAAUGGAGUCCCAGUUAUACUGCUGAGGACUUUUCUUUGAUAAUUUAUUUUUUAACGAUGUUUAUUUAUUUAAUUUAGAAGGUUAUUAGUAAAAGAAUUCAACAUAAAAUGAUCACUACACACUCCCCAUGAUGAUGGGCAGCUAAAUAGGUGUUAAGGAAAAAGAAAGUCUUUAACACUUUGGGUCCAGGUUGAAGAUGACUGAUUUGAGAAUCAGUUAGUCAGUGAUUCUCAACUUCAGACCCACCACUCUGCAUAUGUUUAUGUCUCUUUUAUUUACAUACACCAAAUUUGGUUGGGACCACUGAAUAAAAAAUAAAACCGUAAUUGUGACUUUAACUCACAAUUCUGACUUUUUUCCUCUCAGUUUGGACUCUCAUUUGCUAGUUGUUAAAACAGAAUUGCAGUACUUGCAUACUUGUAUAUCUAAUAAGUCAACAUUACAAGGAUAGACAGAUGGAAACCCGCAAUUCUGACUUUUUUUACAUUCAGAUGUGACUUUGCUUUCUCAGUAUUGUGAGAUAUAAACUCUUAAUUUUAUAAAUAUGAAGUCAAAUAUAGUUUUACCUUUAGGACUGAACUUUGUAAGUUGUUAUUACCAGUUUGUCUCAGUUUUGAGGAAAGAAAAUGUAGAAAAUGUGGGUUUUAUCCACCAAUUUGGACUUUUUUUUCCACAUACUGCUUUUCUCUCACCAUUAGGAGUAAAUAUCAAGCAAUUAUGUCUUAAUAAUGGGCAAUUGCACGUUUUUAUCAUGUAGUUUUGAGGAAAAGAAGCGGAAAAGUCAGAAAUGCUGGGUUUAUUUCUGCAAAAUUCACUAUUUUUCUCAUAA